AAAAACCCAUGCGAGAGCCCGAAGGGCAGGGCCCACCGCCAAUACCAUUUAUUUAUUUAUUUUUAGUCCACAACGCGGUCGAACCCGACGGGCGCGUUUAUACUUUCGUGAUCCAUUAAAUACAUUUACAUUCACUGAACUGCUGUCCUCUUGGCGGCCUCUGUUGGUUCGCAUAGAUUUAACGAUACGCAGAGGGAUUGUUUUCCGAUACGCAGAGGGAUUGUUUUCCGAGCAAGUGAACAAUGGCUUCCACCAGCACCCAACUGCAGGAAGGAGCUUUUCUCCCUCCUGGAUCUAGUUUCUGGAAAUAUGACGUCUUCUUAAAUUUUAGAGGCGAAGACACCCGCAACGGCUUUGUUGAUCAUCUCUAUUCAGCUCUGCAUCAGAAGGUUAUUUUUACAUUUAAGGAUGACCUCAAGCUCGAGAGAGGUGAAUCAAUUUCUCCGACACUCUUGAAAGCCAUUGAAGAGUCGAGGUUUGCCGUGGUUGUUUUCUCCGAGAACUAUGCUUCUUCCAAGUGGUGCUUGGAGGAACUCGUAAAAAUUCUCGAGUGCCAGAAGACGAGGGGACUCACUGUUUUGCCAGUAUUUUAUAAAGUAGAUCCCUCGGAUUUACGGAAACAAAGAGGGAGCGUUGGAGAAGCAUUUGCCAAACACGAGGGAGAUUCUAGCAAAGAGAAGGAGAAGCAGAAGGUGCAGAGAUGGAGAAAUGCUCUAAUGGAAGCGGCCAACAUUUCUGGGUGGGAUUCAGAAAAAGAUGGGCCUGAAGCAAAGCUUGUUCGAAACAUUGCCAUUCAUAUUCUAAAAAGACUGGGAGAUGAUGGUUCAAGCGUUCUUGAAGAUGUUGUUGGAUUGUAUCCUCGUAUAGAAAAAGUGAUGUCACUAUUAGAAAUGGGAUUGGGUUUGGAUGAUCCACGUAUAGUAGGGCUAUGUGGAAUGGGUGGUAUUGGAAAGACUACUAUUGCCAAGGCUGUCUAUUACCAAAUUCGUUCUCGGUUUCAUGCCAGUUGCUACCUUCCAAAUGUCAGAGAAGCUGCUGAGAAGCAUGGCUUGGAAUCAUUGCAAAAAUCUCUUCUUUCUGAUAUCUUCUCGGUCCCAGACAGUGAGAUAAAAAUAAGAAAUCUUGAUCAAGGGCGUAGUAUGAUAAAGAAUAGGGCACGGUGUAAGAGGGUUCUUAUAGUCCUUGACGAUGUGGACCAGCAAGAUCAACUGGAAGCACUUUUUGGUAAUCUUGAUUGGUUUGGUUUAGGAAGUCGGAUUAUAAUAACAACAAGAAACUCCCAUUUACUUAAAAUAUUUGAAGUGAAAGUGAAUCAUGUGUUUAAUAUCGAGGAACUAAAUCACGAAGAUGCUUUAGAGUUAUUUUGUUGUAAAGCAUUUAGAAAAAACCAACCAACGCAGGGUUAUGAGGGACUCACAAACAGUGUAAUUCAUUACGCUGGAGGAGUUCCAUUAGCUCUUCGAGUUUUGGGCUCUUUUCUCUUUGGCAGAAGCAUAAUUGAAUGGCGAAGUGCAGUUGAUAGAUUAAGGCAACAGCCCAAUGCAAAAAUUCAGGAAGUGCUCAAAUUAAGCUAUGACGAACUGGACCAUGAAGAGAAGGAAAUUUUUCUUGACAUUGCAUGCUUCUUUAAAGGAAAGAGCAAAGACUAUGCAAUAGAUGUACUGAAUGCCUGUGGUUUCCAUGCUGAUAUUGGAAUAAGUGUUCUUGAAGACAAGGCACUUGUAACAAUAACACACAAUCAGAUAGGUAUGCAUGAUCUAAUACAAAAAAUGGGAUGCCAUAUUGUUAAUGAAGAAUUCUCAAAAGAGCCCGGUAAAAGAAGCAGGUUGUGGAAGUACAAAGACAUCUACGAUACACUCACAAAAAAAACUGGGACAGCAACAAUAGAGGCCAUAGUUUUGUAUUCUUGUGAAACAAAAGAGAUAUCCUUAAGUCCUGAUGCGUUUUCAGAGAUGAACAAAUUGCGACUGCUCAAGCUUAGUAAUGUUCAACUUCCUAAUGGUCUCAGCUACCUCUCUAAUGAUUUAUGCCUUCUUGAUUGGGAUGGAUACCCUUUAAAAUAUCUGCCAUCAAAUUUUCUACCGGACAAUCUUGUCAUACUAAAAAUGUUGAGGAGCUGCUUGAAGUAACCUUGGAAUGGAAGAAUGGUAUGAGCAAAAUAAAUCCUAUUGCUUUUUUUUUUUUUUUUUACUAUA